AUGUCUGCUCCAAGAAAAACUACCAAAGCUUCAAGAAAGAAGAAGGGUGAAUCAUUAUCUGCUUAUAUGUUCUUUGCUAAUGAUAAUAGAGAUAUUGUUAGAUCUGAAAAUCCAGGUAUUUCAUUUGGUGGUGUUGGUAAAUUAUUAGGUGAAAGAUGGAAAGCUUUAGAUGAUGAAGGUAAAAAACCUUAUAAUGCAAAAGCUGAAGCUGAUAAAAAGAGAUAUGAAGAAGAAAAAGCUAAUUAUCAAGCUCAACAACAAGAUGAAGAAUAA